AAAAACCUUAUCCCACCCCCCUCUUUCCUAUAGCGCAGCCCCUUCUAGUGUUCGCGAGGACGCUUCCUGGAACGCCGUGAUCCUCGCCGCCGGGCAGUGUCGCCGGAUUCUGGUUCUUUGAUAAAUCAACUAUCAAGGUAGCAUGGCCAAGCAUCAUCCUGAUCUGAUCAUGUGCCGGAAACAGCCAGGAAUUGCUAUCGGUCGGCUGUGUGAGAAGUGUGAUGGCAAGUGUGUUAUCUGUGAUUCCUAUGUGCGCCCAUGUACACUUGUCCGUGUAUGUGAUGAGUGCAACUAUGGUUCAUUCCAAGGUAGGUGUGUCAUCUGUGGGGGUGUUGGCAUAUCUGAUGCCUAUUACUGCAAGGAGUGCACACAGCAGGAGAAAGAUCGGGAUGGAUGCCCGAAGAUCGUCAACCUUGGGAGCGCCAAGACUGAUCUCUUCUACGAGCGCAAAAAAUAUGGUUUCAAGAAAAGAUGACACCUAAAUCUCAUUGUUUGUUAGCUGAUCCUAAUCAUCAUCAUAUUCUGGGUGCUUGUUUGAACUUAAACUUGUUUGGCAUUCACUAUCAUAUGUGGAGCUGAUCAUGUAUACUUCUAUGGACUUGUUUUAUUUUCAUCUCUAACACUAAUAUGAUUCUUCA